CACUAACUUAUAAACAUUAUAUUCCCAUGAGUAGCAUAAACGAAUAUUGAUCCUGGCACCCUUGAUUACUCUUUCAAACUGGAUGAAUGAAUUUGAUCUAUGGAUACCCCCUACUCAAUCAUCAAAUCUAUCACAUAUUUUUAACUUUGCUGAUAUUUUCAAUGUCAAUGAGGAUAGGCGUGUGGACUUUGUCAGACGGUGGUACAAUGAUGGUGGGAUUAUGCUAAUGAAUUAUGAUCAAUUCCGAAUAUUGCUUACUACUUCAUCGCGAAUGGAUGAUUAUGGAGUGAUGUUAUACAAACCUUCUUUAGUGAUCCUGGAUGAAGCCCAUCGUAUCAAAAAUCCUGCUGCCUCUAUUAGUCAAUGUGUGAGCAAGAUUCAAACCCUUCGAAGACUAUGCUUGACUGGUUAUCCUCUUCAAAACAAUUUGAAUGAGUACUAUUGUAUGUUGAACUUUGCAUUUCCUGGAUUACUUGGUGAAGUCACUGUGUUCAAGGCUAUUUAUCAAAAACCUAUCGAAUCAGUUUAUGCUGACUCUACUCUUAAUGUACGACGCUUGGCCAAAUUCAAACUUUUGGAACUUCAACUUAUGACAUCAGAUAUUAUUCAUAGGAAAGAUAUCUCCAUCCUUGCACAAGAACUUCCUGGAAAAACUGAAUACUAUAUUCAAUGUCGACUUACUCCUAUGCAAUACUCCACUUAUAUGACUUUUUUGGAAUAUCCAAAGUUGAUUCGAACAAUCAUGACUCAACUCAUGUUAUUUAGGGCCAUUUGCAAUCAUCCAGCUAUAUACACAAGAAUGUUGACAAAUUGUAAUAUGAUAUCAAGGCAUAAAGCUGUGGGUAAUAUCAAUGAUGAUGGGGAUGAUCUGGAGCCGGUUGAUCAAGAUGAAUAUGGUGCAGUUAGAAAGUAUGCGAAAAUGUUACCCCGCGAUUGGCAGAAAUAUGGAUUUACUGAAGAAGAUGUGAAACAUUUGGAUAACUCUCAUAAGGUUCAACUCGUCUUGGCCAUUAGCAAACUUUGUCGAUCAAAAAAGGAAAAACUGGUCAUUGUAUCUCAUAGUUUGGUAUGCUUAGAUUUCCUUGAAGAGAUAUUAGAGAAGGAAGAAUUCAAUAUCUCUAAAAUCGAUGGACGCAUCAAGCAACGACAACCCAUUAUUGACAAAUUCAACGAUGAUCCAGCUUGUGAAAUUAUGCUUUUAUCAGCAAGGGCUGGUGGUAUAGGUGUUAAUAUUACUGGGGCCAACCGGGUAAUUCUUAUGGAUAGUGAUUGGAAUCCUUCGCAUGAUGAACAAAGUAUUGCUCGGUUAUAUCGUUUUGGUCAAAAGAAUCAUGUGUAUGUUUACCGACUAUUGACUUACUCGACAGUAGAAUCCACUGUGAAUACAUUAGCUCAACAAAAACGAGGAUUAUCAGGUCGUGUUGUGGAUAACAAGAAAGGCAAACUCCAAGAAGAAACCGCCACUCGAUCUUAUUACAGGACACCGGAGAAGGAUCCAGUAUGCCAAGUGACAGAUCAACAAAUCAAUGAAUUGGAUGAUAAGAUCUUGCAACAAGUACUUCAAACUUGGAAAGCAUCAGUAGUGGCGAUGAAUGUGGAAAAAACCAAUCACGGAACCAGUAGCAGUUUGGACCCUAUGGAUGAUCAUGUACAACCCAGCGACAGUGAUCUGGCUGACAUGCGCCGAACAGCAAGAUUCACCCGAGCCAAUGCCAAAUCUUAUCAUCAAGUUCUCUUACAUUCUUUCUCAUCCUAGAAUAUAGUUGUAGUAUAUUUAUUUUCA